GGAAAUACGUUAUAGAAUUCCCAGUUCAUGAGAUAUUUAAACGAUGUAUAUUUACCUUCGCAGUCAGUUUUCUUACGUAACAUCAGUGGUUCACACCUUGUAAAUUAGAAUGGCAGCUAAGACUGUGCUAAUUUUGUCCGUAAUGGCCAUACUUGUGUCAAGUUCCUUGGCUCAAUUUGGGGGAGGCUUCGGAGGCCGUCCAGGUGGUGGUGGGUUCGGCCAAGGAGGAUUUGGACAACAGGGAGGUUUCGGACAACAGGGAGGUUUCGGACAUCAAGGAGGUUUUGGACAGGGUGGGUUUGGACAACAAGGCGGUUUCGGACAAGGUGGUUUUGGUCAAGGUGGUUUCGGCCAAGGCGGGUUUGGUCAAGGAGGUUACCGACCUGGGGGUGGACAAGGAGGGUACCGGCCCGGUGGAGGUUUUGGGAACGGUGGCUUUGGUCAAGGGGGAUUUGGACGGGGCGGAUUUGGACGUUAAAUUAUACUUAAAUUUAAACAUUUGUAGAAAUGAACUGAAUAAAUUAAAUUACGUUUAAGUUUC